AGCAGAUCUCCCGAAUGAUGUAGUUACAGUUUACCGUGACAAUACCGUGCAAUAAUGUCUCGUUCGAUCGCUGCCGUCUUCAUCUUCGUGGCCCUAGCAGUGCAGGCCACUUUUGCACUUAUUGAUUAUUCUCGUGAAACCGUUACCUUGGAACUCACCGACGAAGAUCUCGUACAAGCAAGACCGGGUACUUAUAUCGAGCCAUACGCUGCCGUGCAUCUCGGAAACCUCGACGUUGGCAAACACGUCGAGGGUGAAGAAACUUACAACAGAGUGAUUACGAAAGAAAACACCCACGACAUAAUUCUGCUGUAUACUCUGAACUUGAAGAUGAAUGGAGUCAUCAACUUCGUAACCGUCCACAAUGUAGAAGACAGCCAAGCAGUAGUUUGCAUCAAUGAAAACGUCUUGGGAAGAAGUAAAGGCAGCAUCGUCGUUCGAAUCGCGCCGCACUCCGUGGCCAAAUUGAACAUACUCGUCGGCAUGCACCAACAAUAAGCGAAAAUAAUUAUUUUUCUUUCGUAUAAUAUAAUCUUGCACCUUCGUUUCGUAC